AGAGAGCGAUUCCAGCCUAGGGUGAUAUAAAUGCAGCGCCUGAUAAUUUAAAUACAGUGGGAGAGUGAAGUACGGUGCGGCGAGUAUUCCACCAAGUACUUAUUAAAUUAUCAGGGUACGUGAUACAUCGUCAGCAAGCGAUAAUAACAGAAAGGUCCCGCCAGAAGAGAAUAAAAGGCGGCGAUAACAAAAAUUCAAAUUCCCGUCCCUUGUAUAUAUAAAGACUGAUUUAUUGGCGAUAGCAAAUCAGUGCUGCUGUCGCUCGUUAAAUUAUAGUUUAUUGUGUUUUGUGAUAACGGUGAUUGUGGUUCUGGAUUUGUGUUGUCGUGAUUCUCCUUGUACAAGAUGACGACGCCUAAUGGGGAGACUAGCAAUGGCAAAAUAAAAAAAGAAAAGCUGCCUCACUACUACGAGGAUGAGCAGAUUAAUACUUACUUUUCCAAGAACAAAGUGAGGAUUCCCGAGACUGAGAAGAGUGGAUUCGAUUUCAGAAAAUUAUGGGCUUUCACUGGUCCCGGGUUCCUUAUGUCCAUAGCCUACUUAGAUCCGGGGAACAUAGAGAGUGAUUUACAGUCUGGAACAAUAGCAAAUUAUAGGCUACUCUGGGUAUUAUUUGGGUCAACAAUUCUAGGACUGAUAGUACAAACUCUCGCCACAAAGCUAGGAGUCGUAACGGGGCUGCAUCUGGCCGAGAUGUGCCACAGACAGUAUAAGAAAGUGCCCAGGAUAAUUCUGUGGGUUAUGGUGGAGAUAGCCGUCAUCGGAUCGGAUAUGCAGGAAGUUAUCGGGACAGCCAUCGCUCUAUACCUGCUCUCUAAUAAACUAAUUCCACUCUGGGCUGGCUGCUUGAUCACCAUCGUCGACACAUUCACCUUCCUCUUCCUCGACAAAUACGGACUGCGAAAAUUGGAGCUCUUUUUCUGCGUACUGAUCGGCGUCAUGGGCAUCACCUUCGGUUAUGAAUACGUCGUCGCCGAACCCACACAGUCCGAGGUCCUGAAAGGACUCUUCAUCCCAAGGUGUGUCGACUGCAACCAUGAGGUCGUACUGCAAGCUGUAGGAGUCAUAGGGGCGGUCAUUAUGCCUCAUAACUUGUACCUGCAUUCCGCUCUGGUGAAAUCUAGGGAGAUAGACAGGAAGGAGCCUAAGAGGCUAAAGGAAGCCAAGAAGUACUAUUUUAUUGAAAGCUCUCUAGCACUGCUAGUUAGUUUGAUUAUCAACAUUUUCGUUGUUGCUGUAUUUGCUUAUGGAUUAUUUGAGAAGACGAAUCAGCAGCUGUUGGACCAAUGUAGCGAUGACGAGUUUAUGUAUAACAAGGCAAAGGAGGUGUUCCAGAAUAAUACGGAGUUUGUAGAUGCAGACAUCUACAAGGGCGGUAUAUUUUUGGGCUGCGCAUACGGAGCGGCAGCUAUGUAUAUUUGGGCGAUAGGCAUCCUAGCUGCUGGUCAAAGCUCCACCAUGACCGGCACCUACGCCGGCCAGUUCGCCAUGGAGGGCUUCCUGAACAUCAAGUGGGCCAUGUGGAAGAGAACUCUCUUCACCAGGAGCAUCGCCAUGAUCCCUACCUUCUUCACGGCAUUCUUCAGUUCCUUGUCCGACCUCACCAGCCUCAAUGACUAUCUGAAUGCCGUGAUGAGUGUCCAAUUGCCCUUCGCUCUCAUUCCUUGUAUAGCCUUCACCAGCAAUCCCAAGAUCAUGGGACAGUUCGUCAAUGGGAUAUGGAUCAAAAUAGUAUCCAUAAUUCUAAGUGUCAUCAUCGUGGGAAUAAACAUUUAUUUUGUCGCAGAACAACUUAUUGAGCUAGAUUUAGCCGUCGGUUGGCAGGUAUUGGUUUAUAUAAUAACGAUUCUUUACUUUUUGCUUAUAGUUUAUAUUAGUAUACACAUGUAUAUAUCGAUGGGUGGUACGAAACUAGAGAACAAUGAAUUUAUGCAGAAAUAUGUUUAUAUACCAAUUCAGCCGGUCACUGCGAAUGGUGCGUGAGAUAUUUAUUAGUUUUAUUUAAAUAAUUACUGUACAUAUUAACGAAUAAAUUAUUUUAUUUUUUAUUAA